AACGGCCAUCCAAUAGUGGAGGACGCGAGGACGGAUCGGCGGGAGCGCUUUUGAGCGAACUGACGCGGCCUGCGCAGGAUCGUUUUGUCUCUUAACGUAAAGAUUAAUUGCUUCGCUUGGUUGAAUCUUUCCGUUCCCUGCCAGCCUCAGCUUUGCCGUUGCCAUGGCUGUCCCAGAGUCCCGGUCCAACCACACCAUCUACAUCAACAACCUCAACGAGAAAAUCAAGAAAGACGAGCUCAAGAAGUCCCUGUACGCCAUUUUUUCCCAGUUUGGGCAGAUCCUUGACAUUCUGGUGUCCCGUAACCUGAAAAUGAGAGGCCAGGCCUUCGUCAUUUUCAAAGAGAUUUGCAGCUCCACCAAUGCCUUACGCUCCAUGCAAGGGUUCCCUUUUUACGACAAGCCCAUGAGGAUCCAGUAUGCCAAGGCAGAUUCCGACAUCAUAGCCAAGAUGAAGGGCACCUUUGUGGAGAGGGACCGCAAGAGAGAGAAGCGAAAGCCCAAAGGCCAGGAGGUGCAAGCAGUUAAGAAGCAGAUGCCAGGAGCAGCUGCCCCGGUUGCCCCCUCUGUCCAGGGCACCGUGCCGGGCAUGCCCCCCAUGAACCAGGGCCCGUGUGUGAUGCACCACAUGCCAGGGCAGCCUCCUUACAUGCCACCUCCAGGCAUGAUGCCGCCACCUGGCAUGGCACCGGGCUCCAUGCCCCCAGGGGCGAUGCCACCACAACAGAUGCUGCCAGGACAGAUGGCCACAGCGCAGCUCUCAGAGAAUCCGCCUAACCACAUCCUGUUCCUCACCAACCUCCCUGAGGAGACGAACGAGUUGAUGCUGUCCAUGCUCUUCAACCAGUUCCCCGGCUUCAAGGAGGUGCGAUUGGUGCCCGGGCGCCAUGACAUUGCCUUCGUUGAAUUCGAUAACGAAGUGCAGGCUGGUGCCGCCCGUGAUGCCCUCCAGGGGUUCAAGAUCACCCAGAACAACGCUAUGAAGAUCUCCUUUGCCAAGAAGUGAGGCCCCGUCCUGAGGCGGGGGCAUUUCCUGAACUGUUGCCCUUUUAUUCUAGUUUUUGCCUGUAAAAUUGUCUAUGUUGUUUCUCUAAUGUUGCCUCCUGGGCAGGUAAGUGCGUGUGUGCGUGCGUGUGUCUGCAUGGAUGAGUGAGAGAGAGAGAAGCUGCAGCUGCGUGGAAGGCAGGGGGGUCUGUCUGUCUGUCUGCCCGCUGGGUGUGUGGCGUCUGAAAGGGAGAAGCCGAUUCUUGGCAAAAGCUUUGUACCCAGAGUCUGACGGCCAGACAUCGCACCUGGAGCUUUUCCUUUGCCCAAUAAACCUGUGUUCCUUUCUUC